GUCAAAGUCUUACUGUGAGCAAGUGCUCUUGUUUGGCCUACCGACAAAUCUAGACAUACGAUUGUCGGACAUGGAAGACUUCGACCCUUCACCUCGAGCAUCGAAGCGGCGCCGGACUGGGACUUAUGCCACGCGACGCACGACCUUAGACACUCUCGAUUCAAUAAUACCCGCAGGCCAAAGCAGCGAUAAGGACACCCCGGCAGAUAAAGAGUCCAAGACUGCUGGAAACGGCGUUGAUCAUGCUGAAGCCGGCCUCGCCGAGCAAGCCACCGAUACUCCUGAAACUGGGGAGACAAUAUCUCGACGAAGCAGCACCCGAAGACGGAAACCAAGUGCUCGAGUGGCAGAGGCGGAGCAAGAUGUUACACCUAUCGCUGCGCAAAAGCUUAAAAGGAAAGAUAUGAAUACAGGAAAGGGGGGUGCGGGACGUGGUUCUACAAAACUUGCGAGCAAAGAGGGUGCAACCCGCGAAGGACAGGAUGAUCAGGAUGACGCUGAACCACAACCACGCUCGAGUGGGCGUACACGAAAAGUGCCUCGACGAUUCUCACCUGAUGUACACCCGCGAAGCCAUGGUCAAGUGGGGAAGGAACCUGCGCAAAAGACGGCGGAAAAGAUAAAGCUGCGUGAGCCUACAGGCGAGGACCUGGCCAGUGCUGCGCAAGCUCCUCGUCCAAAAGGUAUCCUGACACCUUCCCGGCAUGGUCGUGAGAAAAGCAGUGGUCCUCGGAAAUCAGUCGUUUUCGAUGCCAACGAGCUACAGAUCGAAGAGAAGCUCGGCUUCAAAGACAUUGAUAAUUCGAGCAACCUUAAAGAUACCAAAAAUUCAAGACGGGCGCCGAAGAGCGCUGUACCAAAUCAAAGCGAGAUCUCAACCCGCCAUAAGAACGUCGCAGCUGGAGGGGAGCCUCUAUUAGACGACAUCGACGAUGACAGUGACGAGCCCGACCUGGAAAUUGCUCCCAAUGUGGAUGAGAUCCUUUCUUUAACCACCAAUACUACGACAUAUGUAAAUGGUGACAGGCAAUCACCAAUCUACGAGCAGGAAGACGAGCAUAUUACCAAGAUCAAGGUCGAAAUCCUCGGCCGUAUGACAAAUCGAACAAUCUCGCCUAUAUCACACCUCCGGUCUCAAUACAGCACACUCCACUCCUUACUCUCCGCAACGAUAGCAGCUGGCGAGUCCAACUCCCUUCUCCUCCUCGGCUCACGAGGCAGUGGCAAAUCGCUGCUUAUCUCUCAUGCUCUGUCCGACCUAACCAGAUCUUAUGGCGACGACUUCCACGUUGUUCGACUGAAUGGCUUCUUCCAGACGGACGACAAGGUUGCACUGCGCGAGAUUUGGCGCCAAUUAGGCCGCGAGAUGGCCGUGUCCGAGGACGAGACCGGCGAGAUAUCCAGCUAUGCGGACACCAUGGCAAGUCUGCUCAGCCUCCUGUCUCAUCCAGAGGAACUCCCCGAGCCGGACGCGAAUGCGAUGCUUCUCGACACCCCGGAGAACAGGGCGGCGAAAAGUGUUAUAUUCAUCAUGGACGAGUUCGAUUUGUUUACCACGCAUCCUCGGCAGACGUUGUUGUACAAUCUCUUUGACAUUGCACAGGCGAAGAAAGCGCCCAUCGCGGUGAUCGGCUGCUCGACGCGGAUGGAUGUUGUGGAUUGCCUGGAGAAAAGGGUCAAAAGCCGCUUCAGCCAUCGCUGGUUGCAUGUGCCUUGCGCGAAGACCUUGCCUGCAUUCGAAGAGACCAUUGCGAGCAUAUUGCUCAUGCCGGUUGAUGUGAAGGAGGCGCUCGGUGUGGGCAAAAACGAGCUCGAGUGGAGCGAGAAGUGGAAUGGAGCCGUCAAGACUCAGUUACUCCCUUCAACAAUGGUCCAAACGCUGCUGAAGAAGACCUUUUACAGCACAAAGUCUAUUCCAGAUGUGCUUGCGGCACUGUACAAUCCCAUCGCUGAGCUCUUCCUCUCCUCUGACAGCGACAACAAUCAGCAAAACGCGGCGCCAGCUACUCUUCCCCUGUCUCUGUCACCGAUGUCUGCUCCUUCACUCCUGAGCCUUCUCCCACAGCUGCCAACCCUUCAUCUUUCGCUGCUCAUAGCCGCCGCUCGUCUAGAAACGAUCCACAACUUCAUGGCCGUCAAUGUCGCCCUUGCAUACAGCCACUACGUCGAGCUGCUCACUCGUGCCAAGCUCCAACGCUCGUCGAUGUCGUCGCUGACAAAUGGGGGUGCUCUGAUAGGCGCAGGUCUGCGCCAGUGGAGCAAGAGCACGGCGAAGGGGGCCUGGGAGGAACUUGCGCAGUGGGAAGUUAUUGUACCUGCUUCUGGGGUCGGCGUGGGUGCUACAGGGAAGGUGAGCGACGAAUGGCUAAGUGGCGACGGUGUAGGAACGAGAAUGUUCAAAGUCGAUGUGACGCUUGAUGAGAUGGCAUGGGUUGUCAAGGAGAAGCUGGGUGGUAUAGGUGCCGGGGAGCUGCUGGUAAAAUGGUGCAAUGAUGUCUAGUGUCAG